AUGCCGUAUUUCACUGAAAAGGACAUGGAUCAGUACCAAGGAGCUGCGCAGUACGAGAACCCGCCACACAUCUACGCUUUAGCUGAUAAUAUGUACAGAAAUAUGCUAAUCGAUAACGAGUCUCAAUGUGUGAUCAUUAGUGGUGAAAGUGGUGCCGGUAAAACCGUUGCUGCUAAAUACAUCAUGAGCUACAUCUCACGGAUCUCAGGAGGCGGACCUAAGGUUCAGGUGACGAACUUUCUACUCGAAAAAUCGCGUGUCGUUCGACAAAAUCGUGGUGAUCGGAAUUUCCAUAUCUUCUACCAGUUGUGCGCCGGUGCGGACAAGAACAUAAGAACGACACUUGGCAUUGGAGAUCUCGACUAUUUCAAUUAUUUGAAUCAUAGCGGAGUAUAUAAGGCCCCAGACACUGACGACGCCAAGGAAUUCCAAAAUACCUUGCAUGCCAUGAAAGUUGUAGGCAUCAGUGAGGAAAUACAACUGGAAAUCUUGAAGAUCGUUUCUGCUGUACUGCACAUCGGAAACAUCACUUUCGUCGAGGAGAGGAACUUCGCCGCUAUCGAAGCACCAGACUGUGGUUUUGCAAUUUCCCGCCUUUCUUCUUGGUCUUUCUACAGAAGCGAUUCAGCAGAAGCUCACUGCACGAAUGAUGGAAAGCAAAUGGGGUACGAAAACGGAACGAUAGACGUCACCUUGAACGUGGAACAAGCGAAUUACACUCGAGAUGCGUGGGUGAAAGCGCUGCAUUCACGACUCUUCGAUUACUUGGUGGCUGCUGUGAACGAUGCUAUAGAAGUCGCCGCUGACCAGGAUACAGGUCUUUCUGUCGGAAUUCUGGAUAUCUAUGUAUCAACUUCGUUCAACGAGAAGCUACAGCAAAUCUUCAUCGAACUCACCCUCAAAGCCGAACAAGAGGAAUAUGUCCGUGAAAAGAUUCGCUGGCAAGAAAUCGAAUACUUCAAUAACAAAGUUGUUUGCGAUUUAAUCGAGGCAAAGCGACCACCUGGAAUUAUGAUAAACACUGCAGAGCUCAUUCUAAAUGACAAACUUCAGGCAUCAUGUGCAUAUUGGACGAUGUAUGUGCACAAAAUCAUGGGCAAGUCUGAAGGAGUCGACGCCCAGUUGCUGAGCAGUCUCAACAAAACCUUCAUUCAACAUCCGCACUAUCAAAGCGGAGCUGAAUGCUUUUUGGUGAAACACUACGCGGGUGAUGUCGUCUACAAUGUUGACGGGUUUUGUGAUCGUAAUCGAGAUGUUCUUUAUCCGGAUCUUAUUGUUCUGAUGCAACAAAGCUCAAAGUAUGUCAUAUCUCAUUUGCGUUUUUAUGAUCUUCAUCCUAGAAAGGGUGCCCAGACGUGGGUCGAGAAGUUGUGGCGGCGUGACAAGAGCGAGAGCAGCGUCCAAGCGAUCAUCUGUCGCAGCGUGAACAUGGAUCCUGACCAAUAUCAGAUGGGUACUAGCAAAAUAUUCAUAAAAAAUCCAGAAUCGCUUUUUCUCCUGGAAGAGGUUCGUGAGAAAAAGUACGACGGAUUUGCCAGGAAGAUUCAGAAAGCGUGGCGACAGUACAACGCUAGGAAACACCACACGAAACAGAAGGAACAAGCGUCUGAUCUUCUGUAUGGUAAGAAAGAAAGGCGACGAUAUUCGCUGAAUCGAAACUUUGUCGGUGAUUACAUUGGAUUGGAGCAUCACCCUGUUCUACAGAGUCUUGUUGGCAAGCGAGAACGAGUGGAUUUCGCCAACACUGUCAUCAAGUACGACAGGCGAUUCAAG